CCAUUUCAAUAGCCGAUUUCCCUCUUAAAAUCUCAAACCCUAAAAUCUCUCCACAUUACAGGAAAAUGGCGGAGGAAGAUCAGAACCCUUUGCCGGAUACGUUAAAACCCUCAAUCCCCGUCGGAAGAGUGAAAAAGAUCGUGAAAAUCGACAAAGAGAUCACCAGAAUUUCCUCUGAAGCUCUCUUCCUCAUUUCAGGAGCUACCGAGUUAUUCCUGCGAUUUCUCGGCGAAGAAUCCGCCAAAAUUGCCGCCGAAAAGAAGCGAAAAACCAUUAAGCUUGAUUAUCUUCUAAUGGCCGUCAAACAACACCAGGCAACUCGCGAUUUUUUGCUUGACUCGCUUCCCACCCCCUCGCAGCCUUCCGAUCACCCUCCUGUUGAUCCGACGGUAAAAAAGAAACCUGUUCUUGCGCAAAAUAGUCGUCGUAUUGAGAGUUUUUUCAAUAAGUCUCCGAAGACGGAUGGAUUGAGAAAUGAAGAUCCUGAUAAUGAAGAUAAGAGUUAGGGUUUUGUGGGUAUUUGUGUUGUUUUGUAUAAACUGAUGAAAUAUUGGUAUUCAUGUGUAAGUUGAUGAUGCAAAAUAUGUAGUUGGAUGAUGGAAUCGUUUUGAUUUAAUUAAUCUAUUGAGUUGU